UCGCCGUGGUAAAACAAUGGCGCUCCACCUCGCGCGACCGUUCCUGCCCGCCGGCCUCCCGCCGCCGCCGCGCCGCCGCCCUCCUCCCCGGCCACAUUCCCUCCGCCCCACCGCCGACGCGCGGUCCCCGUCCUUCAGGAGGCCCUACACGUCCGUCCUGGUGGUCCCCACGGGGGUCGGCGCCGCCGUCGGGGGCUUCGCCGGCGACGCCCUCCCGGUGGCGCGCGCCCUCGCCGCCGUCGCCGACUGCGUCAUCUCCCACCCCAAUGUGCUCAACGCCGCGAUGCUCUACUGGCCGAUGCCCAAUACGCUUUACGUCGAGGGAUACGCCCUCGACAGGUUCGCCGAAGGCGCCUGGGCUCUCCAGCCAGUCCACCAGAACAAGGUAGGCUUGGUGCUGGACUCCGGGAUCGAGGAGGAGCUCCGGCUCCGGCAUUUGCAGGUCGCCGAUGCGGCGAGGGCUUCGCUCGGCCUCCCUGUUGUGGAGUACACAGUCACCGAUGCUCCUUUGGAGAUCAAGAUGUGGUUCGAUCCGAAGUGUGGGAAAUCAACCGGGAGCGUUGGGAACUCCGGUUCCCUGUUAAGAGCGGUCGACGCGCUAGUGAACCAGGCAGGCGUGAAUGCUGUGGCAGUUGUUGCGCGCUUUCCAGACGAUGACCCUGAAGAUUCAGAUUGCUACAGGGAAGGAAAGGGAGUUGAUCUGUUAGCCGGAGUUGAAGCAAUCAUCAGUCACCUAAUUGUGAAAGAAUUCAAAAUUCCUGCUGCUCACGCUCCUGCGGUGUUGCCCCCACCACUCAGCCCAUCAGUGUCCCCACGAUCUGCUGCUGAAGAGAUUGGUUAUACCUUUCUACCAUGUGUGCUCGCUGGUUUAAGCACUGCUCCUCAGUAUGUGACGAGGAGGCAGGGUACCUUGGACAGUGGUUGCAUAGUGGCUAGUGAUGUUGAUAGUGUGAUUCUUCCAAGAGAUGCCUGUGGAGGUGAUGGUGCUCUUGCCUUUUCUCGAACUGCAAGAAAGAACAAGCCCUUAAUCAUUACCGUUCAGGAAAAUGAGACAGUGCUCGAUGACACCCCUGAUAAAUUCAAUAUUGAAGCGCUGAAUGUCCAGAACUACUGGGAAGCAAUUGGAGUUAUUGCUGCUCACAAGGCAGGCAUCAAUCCAAAUGCGCUUAGAAAACAAGGAAUUGACCAUCUUAAGAGCCAUCGACGAUUGUACUCUGCCCGAUCUUCUGGUCCUAGGCCAUACGCCUCUUCUGCAGCGCAAGAUAAUGUAUAUGUACACCAGUUAGUUUGACAAUUUAGUACAGAAGAAUCAGUUUUAGCAAAUAGGAGGCUGCAAAUUUUGAAAUCCCAGGUACAUAUUCCACAACAGUAGGAGCAUACAUAUGUAACUUUAUUUCGUCGUCACCCCAUGAGGAAUUACAUCGAUAUGCAUACGCGUGUGCAGUGUCAUUGUGAUCAUGGAUGUUGUACUCGAAGCCAUUCUUCAGAUCAAUUAAUUGCUUCAGUUUCUGAGA